AUGGAGAAGCGAUUGCGUACUCGAUGCAAUGAAAAUCAACUUGAAGCUGUGAAUUAUGACACCGAAUCGGCCGAAGUGAAAAUACCAAACGAAAACCAUUUGAAUGCAUUUUCAGCAGACGAGCUAAUGCAAAUGGUUGUUUCAAUGGGAAACUUAAUUGAAGUAUUGUCAAAAGAGUUAAUAGCCGCUUCAGAGCAAGUAUAUUUAUAUCGAACAAAUGCGACCUUAUGUACUUCUGAAGCAAAAGUGUCUUCAAAUGAGGAAGAAAUGUUAACGAUAUUUGAAAAAUACCAGUUACCAAUUAAAACAAAAGAAGAAGUGGAAAUGUUGGAAUCAGAUCUCGAAAAGUCCAAUGACUUUCUACAAUUCUUUAUUCGACGCAUUGUUCCCAUCGUAAAGAAUUUAUAUCAAAGUCAUAAAUCAAUUUUGGAAGGAUUCUUUGGGUCAUUAAUUUCAAAAGAAGUAAUUGUACAAUUCAGGUGGUCAGGACGAAUGGAAAACACGCAAGCAUUUAAGGAGCUCAAGAAUGUGCAAAUCGUUUUAUUAAGUGCCAUGAUUCGAGUCGACAAAAAUUACACAUUGUAUCAAUUUGAAAAUGAUACGAAAUCUGUUCUCACAAAGUGUGUGAAGGUUUCUAAUAAUAAAAAGAAAAAAAUGGUGGGAUGUGACGAAAGCGAGAAACAUGACAUUGUGGAACGUUCAAAAUCCGAAAGCUUGUCAUCGUAUUCACAAGAGCUCAAUGAAAACAAUGGGAAAUCGGCCGAUGAAAAUACCUUGACAAAUGCCAAAAGUUUUUCAAUUGAUUUUAAUGGAAACAUCGUAGAAAUGACAGAAAAAGAUACUGUUCUAUAA